GGGGAGCGCGCCGGCCGCGGUGCGUGCGCUCAGCUCCGUCCGCGCCAGGACCGCGCUGCCGCCCUGGCCAGGGCCCCCGGGUGUUUGGAGAUCAGAGCCUGCCGCAAGAGGGGACUCGAGGAAGCGCCGGGUCUGGAGCCGGGAGCCCAGAGGAGCGCGGAGCCCAGAGCUCGUGGCGAGCGCAACCCGAGCGCCCCAGGGGCAGCGCGAUCCGUGUCCGGCGCCACCCGGCUAGACGGCGCCCCGCUCGCCCUCCUGCGUGCAACCUUUCCUCGGGCCCCUCCUCCUCCAUCCCCGCCUGCGACGCGCCGCUCUCGCCAGGACUUCCAGCCGCGGAAGCGCGGGACGGAGCUGCGGGCCGGCACCCACCAUGCGCCUCAACGGCUCCGCGCCCGGCACCCCGCGGCCGCCGCGCUUGGGGCUGGAGGCGGCGCUGCUGGCCCCCGGCUUCGGCGACGGUUCGGGCAACGCCUCUGAGAACGCCCUCGCCGCGCCCAGCGGCGACCUGGACGUGAACACCGACAUCUACUCCAAGGUGCUGGUGACGGCGGUGUACCUGGCGCUCUUCGUGGCGGGCACGGUGGGCAACUCAGUGACGGCGUUCACGCUGGCGCGCAAGAAGUCGCUGCAGCACCUGCAGAGCACAGUGCACUACCACCUGGGCAGCCUGGCGCUGUCCGACCUGCUCAUCCUGCUGCUGGCCAUGCCCGUGGAGCUGUACAACUUCAUCUGGGUGCACCACCCCUGGGCCUUCGGCGACGCCGUCUGCCGCGGCUACUACUUCCUGCGCGACGCCUGCACCUACGCCACGGCGCUCAACGUGGCCAGCCUGAGCAUGGAGCGCUACCUGGCCAUCUGCCACCCCUUCAAGGCCAAGACCCUCAUGUCCCGCAGCCGCACCAAGAAGUUCAUCGGCGCCAUCUGGCUGGCCUCGGGCCUGCUGGCCGUGCCCAUGCUGUUCACCAUGGGCCAGCAGAACCGCAGCGCCGACGGCCAGCACCCCGGCGGCCUGGUGUGCACGCCCACCGUCCGCACUGCCACCGUCAAGGCCGUCAUACAGGUCAACACCUUCAUGUCCUUCCUGCUCCCCAUGGUGGUCAUCUCUGUCCUGAACACCAUCAUUGCCAACAAGCUGACCGUCAUGGUCCGCCAGGCGGCCGAGCAGGGCCAGGUGUGCACGGUCGGGGACCAGCAGGGCACCUUCAGCAUGUCCAUCGAGCCCGGCAGGGUCCAGGCCCUGCGGCACGGUGUCCGGGUCUUACGUGCCGUGGUCAUCGCCUUCGUGGUCUGCUGGCUGCCCUACCACGUGCGGCGCCUCAUGUUCUGCUACAUUUCGGACGAGCAGUGGACUCCGUUCCUCUACGACUUCUACCACUACUUCUACAUGCUGACCAACGCCCUCUUCUACGUCAGCUCCACCGUCAACCCCAUCCUGUACAACCUCGUCUCUGCCAACUUCCGACACAUCUUCCUGUCCACGCUGGCCUGCCUCUGUCCGCUGGGGCCGCGCAGGCGCCGGCGGCCGGCGUUCCCCAGGAAGGCCAACAGCGUGUCCAGCAACCACACCUUCUCCAGCAACGCCACUCGGGAGACGCUGUCCUAGCGCCUGCGGCCCCCGCUCACAGGGGCACCCGGCCGCGGUGGGGGCCCCCAGAGGCCAGCUGGGGCGGUGGCCCGAGGAGGCCUGGGACCCCACACUCGCCCCAGA